CAUAUGGUCACUUUGAACUUUCACAAACUAUCCUCAACUUGAAAGCUACAUUGCCUUUCAAUCUACUUGGGUACAAAUGGGUAAGAAAUACUUGCUUUUACAACUCGGCGGAAGAAAUCAGUAAUUGAACCUGAACGCAGGAAGCACUCGUCCAACUCUCCUCUAACAGAAACACCCGCAGCAACUCCGGCUGGGGUGGGAGGCGUGUGACGUCAUCCACCGGGUCUGCGUACCCCCCCCGGAAGGAGCCUGUGCGCCUGCGCGACGUACAAAAAAAAAUGGUAAACAGCGGGUUCGCUCGGUCCAUCUUGGUAAAUAACGAACGGACAGCGCGACGCUAGAGGGGUCUCCGCGAGAAAGCGUCAGAACACAGCCCCGGUUGUCGGUGAUUGAAGCAUGGGGGGAAACCUAUCACGUCUAUCCUUGCGCAAACCCUUCAGUGAAUGUGGUGAAUCCAGCAAAUUGGAGGACUCAUCCGACCACAGUGAGGACUCUAGAAAUGGGGAUAUUUCACAGUUUCCGUACGUUGAAUUCACUGGUCGAGACAGUGUUACCUGUCCAACGUGUCAAGGAACAGGAAGAAUUCCAAGAGGUCAAGAAAACCAACUUGUGGCAUUAAUUCCUUACAGCGAUCAAAGGCUAAGACCCAGGCGAACGAAGUUAUAUGUAACCUCAUCAGUGAUACUUUGCUUGCUGCUUUCUGGCCUAGCUGUUUUUUUCCUGUUUCCACGAACUAUUGAUAGCAUGCUAAAUAUCACUAAUAAUAACCUCUACUCGGUUAGUGUGGCAAACAUUAGUGCUCAAGUACAGUUUUCCAAAACUGUUAUUGGGAAAACGCGGAUAAGCAACAUUACCAAAAUUGGACCUCUGGAUAUGAAGCAGAUUGACUACUCUGUUCAUACUGUAAUAGGAGAUCAAAUGAGCUACAUGUAUGGCUACUGCACACUGACGUCAAUCAAAGUACAUAAUAUUGUGAUUUUGAUGCAAGCCACUGUCACAACAUCCUAUUUUGGACACACAGAGCAAGUUUCGCUUGAAAGAUAUCAAUAUGUGGAUUGUGGGAAGAACACCACUUAUUACAAAAGAUCAGAAAAUCUCAAUGUUGUACAGUAACAACUAUGCCUUGAAUACAAGCCUUGGAGUAGUUGCAUAUUAAUACAAAUAUUGGGUUUGUAAGAUGUUCACAUCUGUGUGAAAUGAAGAUUGUAAUUGAAAAUGACUAAUGUUAACUACAACUGGGGUCACAUUGAGCAGGUUAAAGGGAACUGGUUAUCUCAACUUGGUCAGUAAUGUUAAGAACAUUUUUGCUUUUCUGUAAUGAUUUUUGAAUUAAUUCUAUCAUCCAUGCACUAAAACUUUAUUAGUAAAGAUGAUGACUUCAGUGUGAAUGUUCUACUUUUAAUUCUAAUUGAAAUUAACUUUUAAAUGUAUUGUGGAGACAGAUACUACUUGCUGUUGACAAUGUGAUUUACCUUAUAGUAGUUAACUAAACACCUUGUAUGGAUCACACAUUUUCUAAUUAGUCAUUUCAAAUUGUGUUUAUUCCAAUCCUCACCUAAUACUUAACACUAAACAAAUCAAUAGUUGUAAAAGUUGUUUUAUUAGGCAGCAUCGUAUACCAACUGUUAUUUUAUUUGAGCCUCAACAUUCACUUUUUUGUUUACUGCACAAUGCAUAAUUCUGUUUAACUUUCAAAGAAUUCGAAUAGCUCCAAAUGGCUUUUGUAAUUUUUGAAGCAUUCCCUUUUACAAUUUACAAUUUAAUUUUUGAUGUAGUGAAGGCAUACUCUUAGCUUGCAUCUGAUCAAACAUUUGAAUACAAAGUUCCUACUUGUACAAAUAACACUUCCUGUUUUUUAAAUACAGUGAGCAAUUUCCAAUUAUCAGCAACUGUGCACUUUAGUUACUGUUAAAUCAUAAUAAUACAAAAGUUUAGCAGUUACCUGUGGUACUUCUGAUAAGCGAAUAAGCUAUUGAUGCGGAGACUCUUAAAAUCAACCAUCUUAAUGACGUUAUAAAUUUGGUUUGCUUUAGAGAUGCAGUUCAGGGAUUAAAAAUGAUGUUUUGAGGCAAAGAUAAUUUUUGAGAAGUGGAUAAACUGACCAUCAAGGGAUUAAAUGUUUAUUUCAGUCUCAAUUCUGAUUUUUGUGUAUCUUGGUUUUUUAGCUGAAAAUACUGAAUUGCUGCCAUGUAACCACUAAUUUAUUGCUGAAUUUUAUUCUGCUAAAAUUGAAAGUAAUGCUCAUGGUGUAUUGCUUGAUUGCAGUGUUAGGAAUAACUCUAAUCUUUUUUGAUAAUUUUCUGGUGAAUUUUGCAAAAAAAGAUUGCUUGUAAUCUUUGUUUUGAAGAAAUCCAUCAGACUUCAUUAUUGUUACCACCUUUCUGGAGUGUAUAAAUCUCAACUUGUAAUGUGGAAAAUAUUUAACUGUGUUAAUUGAAAUCUUAAAUUGCAAUAGUUUAAUAUUCAGUGGGCUUGUAAUUGAAUGCACUUUUUGCUCUGACACAUUGAUUCCUUAGUUUUCAUUGUGUUUUUCAAUGUUACUUUCAGGUAGACUCGAUUUUUCCAGUAUCACUGUGUGAAAAUCAUUCUAUUUGAAGUUAUUUUGAUAUAAAAUCAGAAUUUUGCAAUCAUGACACAUUUAAGAUCUCUGAAUUUAGAAAACUAUUUUGCAUCCAUUGUUCCAAAUAAAAUGUUUUUAAAAGACUGAUUCACAGCCUGAAUUACUAUUAAAUUUUAAGGCAUGUAGUGUGUACAUUUAAUAUUGGCUCUUGGAUUUUAUUACACCUAAAUUAUAUCAGUCUUUAGUAUAGGUUUAAUGUUUUAGUAUUUCUUAACUAAACCUAAUGGAACUACUAUUCUUAGCAUUUCUCUAUAGUAUUUGAGCUUUUUAUCUGCUCUUCUAAUGUUUAUUUAUAUAUACAAAUUUCAAUGUUGUAUUAUCACAAUAAAAACAAUUUAAAGCA